GGCGACGUAUAACUUUGAUCGCGUCGUAUCUCACACCAUGUCUAAGCCAAGCUUUCUUCCUGUCACUCUUUUCUAAAAUAGACACUCGUUGAUUAGCGGUGUCGUACACGGUCCUUCAUUACAUUCACUUCCUAGCGGCUGGCCACAAUGAAGGCCUUUGUGCUCGGGGCUCUCCUUUUGCGGACUUUGAACGCCCAAGUCACUGACGAUGCCGACGCCUCAGCAAGUGUCGCGGCGUCGAGCGAUUUCGACGCCAGUGCGGCACCCCUUCUUACUCCCGGUCCAAGUGCACCAUCAGAGGCCGAGCUCUCAAGCUCAGAAGCAGCUGCUUCUGCGGCGGAAGCAACAUCCGCACCCGAUACUACAACGCUCCCUGUCGGUACGGCGGAUGUCAUUCUAGACAGCUCGACAGACAGCUCAAGCGCACUGCCGCCAACCGCGACGAUUGUUGUCGCUUUUGGCUCCGCGAGCGAGUCAUCCGCAAGCGAGACAUCUGAUGCGGCCGUCAUAUUCGAUUCUUCCGGAUUCACAUUCCCUACAUCUACCGAUAGCCUCACUGCGGCUAGUAGCGAAGUGACUCCUACUACGGGUAGUCUGCCUACCUUUACCGACCUCUUCGAGCUUGCUAGCGCGGCCGCAGCAACGGAUACGAGCACAGGGUCUACGUCUGGCGGUGACUUUCCUGCUACUGAGGCUACUUCUGAAUCAACGAUCAGCGACGAGCCCUCGUUCCCUGAAGCGACCGCCGACACAUCUUCCGGCGGCGUUGGGGCUGCCGAUGCAACCGAUCUACCCGGAGACGGAAGUGGUGUGGCAGUGGAGCCCCCACAACCUGGAGUGACGGAGACUGCAAGCAGCGCGACUACUGACAGCGCCGGCGCGCUCGGUUUCCCUUCUGCAACUGCAUCGGCUGGUGCUGGUGCUGGGUUCGGUGCCCUGGAUGCAGGCGGAUUUGGUGCCCAGGCCGCAGGGGAUCCAAAUGUUGGCAUGUCGGGCCAGGAUGCUGGCGACUACGAUGGACAGGACUACGGCGACGAUGAUGAUGAUGACGGCGCAUUUGGCGCAGCCGCCGCAGCUGACGCAAUCCCUACAGACACUGACACCGACGCCGACACCAACACCCUCGACCUGUCAGAAGAUGAGUGUCCAUGGUGGUGCUACGAUGCUGAGGAUGAUGAUGAUGAUGACGAUACGGACUCCGGUCCAGACUUCAACUUUGACGACUCUGAGGAUGGCACAGACAAUAAGAGAUUGUCGAAGCCGUCGUCGAAGCGGGCACUACGUGCGCGUCAAGAACCUGCGUCUAGCGGCUUUGCAACUUUCAACUGGCCUGACGCUGGUAGUCAGGCUGAUAGCCAGGCUGAUAGCUCGGCCAGCAGCACGACGGGUAGUCAGGCACGCCAGCAAGAAGCGGAGGCUUUCCCCGAUCCGCCUGAAGCAACAGCCAGGGGCAGACGCCCUAUGUCCGGGGGAAGGUGCUCUCCGAGGUGCUACAAUGGCUUCAAGCCAACUGCCACCGCCUCUCGAUGGCAUAGGCCUACCUACACGCGCACCCGCCUUCCAUGGCCCACUCGCAGGCCAUGGACGCAUACGCACACGUGGCACCCUGAGCCAACUGUGACAGAGGCUCCCGAGACCACUUUCGUCACCCAAAUUGUGCCCCCGCCUGCAUUCUCAUCGGUUCUGGCCUCGGAUGUUGAUUGGACUGGCGCCACGCUUGCCGGCAUCUGUCCCAAGACUUGCGAUCCGUUCCACCCUGACCAGAACAAGUGUGACAUUACCACCAGCUGCGCGACGACUGGAGGCAGCAAGUACUACUGCGCCUGCCGCGCCGGGUAUUCAGCGGGUGCAUGGAACGCGAAGGAUUUCAGCAAGCAGUUCCACGUCGAUGGGCAACCCUACGUCUAUGUUGCGCCUGGUGUGGCGUGCGACAAGGUCUGUACUGAUCAGACAUGUAGCGAUGUGCUUACGCGGCCGGCGUGUAAGUGAGUGGGAUGAUGGAGUUUAGAGGAUCAGUGGCUAGAAAAUACGACGU